GUACCUCCGGCGGGAUGCGGCGCGGCGGCGGCGGGAACGGCACCGCGGGCGAGCCCGAGUGGCCGUGGCCGUGGCCGCCCUGCGACGAGCGGCUGUGCCUGGCGCUGCCCAUGUGGGUGCUCGUUCCCAUCACGGCCGUCUGCCUGGGGCUCUUCGUGGUCGGCGUGGCGGGCAAUGUCCUCACGGUGCUGGUCAUCCGCAGCUACCGCGACAUGAAGACCACCACCAACCUCUACCUGGGCAGCAUGGCCGUCUCGGACCUGCUCAUCCUCAUGGGGCUGCCCUUCGACCUCUACCGCCUCUGGCGCUCCCGGCCCUGGAUCUUCGGGCAGCUGUUGUGCCGCCUCUCGCACUACCUCAGCGAGGGCUGCACCUACUGCACCAUCCUGCACAUCACCGCCCUCACCGUGGAGCGCUACCUCGCCAUCUGCUUCCCCCUCAAGGCCAAGGUGGUCGUCACCAAGCGCCGGGUGAAAGCCACCAUCGGCGUCCUUUGGGCCUUCGCCUUGCUCUCCGCCAGCCCCUUCUUCUUCCUGGUCGGCGUGGAGCAGCCCGACAACCACACCGACUUCAGCCGCGAGUGCAAGCCCACCCCGCAGGCGCUGCAGUCCGGCCUGCUGGCCACCAUGUUCUGGGUCACCACCUGCUACUUCGUGCUGCCCGUCACCUGCCUCAGCGUCCUCUACGGCUGCAUCGGCCGAGAGCUGUGGCGGAGCAACACCCGCCUGCGGGGCCCCAGCUCGCUCCUCCGGGAGAAGGGGCACCGCCAGACAGUCAGGAUCUUGGCUGUGGUGGUUCUGGCCUUUGUAAUUUGCUGGUUGCCUUUCCACAUUGGCAGGAUCAUAUUUAUAAACACCCGGGACAUGAGGACGAUGCUGUUCUCCCAGUACUUUAAUAUAUUCGCCCUGCAGCUUUUCUACCUGAGCGCAUCCAUCAACCCUGUCCUCUACAACCUCGUUUCGAAGAAGUACAGGGCAGCAGCCUGCAAGCUGCUGCUGCCACGGCCAGCUGCAGAAAGGGCUUUCACUGUAACAAAAGAUGCUGGGGGCUACACAGAGACCAGCGCCAGCACACGGCACGAGUACACCACCAGCUUCUGAGGCUGCCCCCCGCGCUUCUUCAGGCAUUCUUGCCUAAGGAUGGGAGCUUCCUUCUCACUGGAGAGUGGCAAAAGGAUGGACAUUUGUUAGGGCAUGUGGUGUUUCAUAACUGUAUUUUGGGAUACCUGUAUUUUUGAGAACA